CUUUGAUAAAUAUGUCUUAUACAUGUACAGCCAGUGCAUAUUACGUCAAAUUUUAAAGAUAGGAUCAAGCUGUUCUUUUAGACGAAAUGAUGGCAUCAACUACGUUGAUUUUCCUCCUCUGCUUAGGAUUUACGUUCAGCCGAGGAAAUGUGGAAGAGGAUAUCACUGAUGUUAAAGCUCUUCUUCGGGAAGCUAUGUCAGAAAUUGGGGAACUGAAGAGAGAUAAUGAUUUGCUGAAACAAGAAGUACGUGAAAUCCGUGGUUUGAAAAUGGACAAUUCCUUGCUCAGGCAUGAAUUUGGAAAUUUGGCAAAAAAAGUCGAUGUAUUGCGCGAUGUUGUUGGGAGAGAGUGCCACAGAAACGAUGACUCGGAUGUUAACGGCGAAACAGAAACCAGUAACAACCAUCCACGUAUUCGAAAACUUUCCCCUGACGCAUUGAUUGCAACUUCCAACCCAGUCGCCUUCUUUGUCUACAUGUCAUCCAACAUACAACCAGGCGCCGAUCAAAUACUAAAAUUUAACGUCAUAGAACUCAACUUAGGAAAUGGUUACCACUCAUACAGCGGGAUAUUCUCCGCCCCGGAGGACGGCGUCUACGCAUUUUCCUAUGGUAUAACAUGUGGUGUUGGUGGUUCUUUGUAUUUCAAGUUCAUGAAAAACGGUAACCUUAUAAUUGUUAAGAGGUGUGACAAUGAUGAAGACUCAGAUGAUUACAAAGAACUCUCUGGAACAAUAAUUACACAACUGGCUUCAAACGACGAAUUCUACAUAUCUACUCAAAGGUCUUGUACAACCAGCGUAACUAGUUAUACGGAGUCUAAAUCUUUUUUUAGUGGAUGGAAAAUAAAUUGAAAUGUUUUAAUACCGUA